AUGGCAACAAAAAAUUUAUCAACAUCAUUUAAAGGUAAAAUUAAUGGACAACGUUUACCACCAAUUCCAAUUACAAAUGAACAACCAACAACAGCAACAACGACAACAGUAACUAAUGGAGAUAAUCUAACUUCAAUUUUAAAAAAAUCAAAACCAUUAAUGGAAGAUUUGACAACUGAUGAUCAUACACUUCCUCUUGAUGAUGAUGACUUCGAAACUUCACGAGUUAUAUUUCAAAAAUCAUCAGCAGAUGUGCUCAUGUUACUUGAUACUUAUCCACCUAAAACUUGGACAGUUCCAAAAUGUUUAAAAUCAAGUUAUGAACAUAUACUAGAUCAAGGUCGAAAAUCAAAUCCAAUAUUUGAUAUUCCUUUAUUUUCUGAUAAUCAACAUGAUGAUCCAAUUCAUGUAUUUCCAUCACCAAUCAGUGAUCGAAUAUCGUCGUCGCGAUACUGUCGUCGAUCUGUCAGCAGUGCUUGUAGUCGUCGGUCGUCAAUUCUUUUUCAACGUCACACCGGUAUUCCUGUUGAUUCAACACAACUUUUACGUGAGGAUACAUUUGACACGGUAUGUGAAAGUCUUACUGGAAGUAUUCGUCAAUCGUAUCCACCUUUACCGCCAAUACCAACUGAUUCACUUUCCAAUUCAACAAAGUCAUUCACAGUUCCAUCAACAGCUCCACCACCAAGUAUAUCACCUCCAUUAAUUACUGCCGAAGAAACAUCUGCUAUACAAGAAGAAAAAAACGAAUUUACUCGACGUUUACUUUCGAAAAGUCUUCAUCGUGAAUCGAAUAUGUUACCAACAGAUAAAACUAUGCAUUGUCCUACAGUUACACAGAAAACGCCAAUAGUUAAACCUAUUGUUGCACCACGAUUACAAAAAUCUAUUGUUGAUAAUCGUCGUGUACAUAGUGUUGAACGACCAACUCCAGUUGUUCCUAUUCGAAAUAAAAUUCCAACAACAACUAAUAAUAAUAAUAUUAAUACUUCAACGAAUACAAAUCAUCAACGUCUAGGAAAAGUUUCUUUAGAUAUUUUUCAACCACAAUCGAAAUCUAAUAAUACAACAAAUAAAAAAUCACUAGCAAUAAAUACUACAACAAAAAUUACAACAAAAACUAAUAUACCAAAAGUAAAAACUAAUCCAACAAUACCGAAUGAAGAAAUUAUUCAGCCAAACAAUGACGUCAUUCCUCCUUCCACAACAGCUGUAUCUAUCGAAACAACACAAAUAACAAAUACUGUUAAAACAGAAGAAUUACCUUCUACAACUGUAAAUGUCGAAUCUGUUUCUCCACAAACUGAACAAUUAAAAUUAGACAUUCCUACUGAACCAAAACGUCGUUUAUCACCUCGUUCUAAUUCACUUAGUGCUCGUCAAUGUUUAAAUCCAGUACCAUUACCAUUAACAUUACAAGGAGAACAAGUUGUUGACGCUGAUUAUCCACAAACAAUAUCGAGAGCUAUUACACCUGCAAUAAUUAAUUGUCAACGACGAGGAAGUUUUAAAGGUCAACCAUUAAUAACUGAAUUAUUUGAAGAUUCAAUAAUUGAAACACAAAAUCCUAUUGUAAAACCUGAACCAAUACUUUCAGCAAAACAUUCAACUAUUAAAAUGAAAAAACAACGACGAAAUUUUGUUAAAAGUCCUAAACUAAAAAAACCAAUUAUUACAAAUAAACCUAAAAUAUCAGCAAAAAUUAUUGAAAAAGCUGAAAUGAAAUGUCAAAGUACAAAUACAGAAGUAGAUCAAGAAAUAAAUCAAGAAAUAAAUCAACAGAUAGAUCAACAAAUAAAUCAACAAAUAAAUCAACAAAUAAAUCAACAAAUAAAUCUAGAAGAAAAAACAAAUGAAAACGCAAUUAUUGUCGGUGGAACAGAUUGGGUCAUAGCAGUUAAACCACAAGUUAUAAAUGUUCAAGAAUCUCUACUUUCGUCUGUAUUUGAAGUAUCUACAGUUGAUGAUGAAGAUAUACCAUCUUGCCCUUCACCUAUAGAUCAUCUAGAUGUAUCACAAUCAACACUUAUGACAAGUUUUGGUGAUAUUGCAAGACGGAAUAGUAUGGAAUCCUUACAAGCAGUUGAAAUCAAUCCUGUGUUAACUCAAACUAUCGAACAUCCUGUUGAACCAAUAUCUCAAAAUUCUCAUCAAUCAUCAAAACCAAACGAACCUUCACUUAUUAAUUCUGAUAUUCGUACUGUAUAUGAAACAGUAAAAGAUUCAAUACGUAAAGAUACAUCACUUCGUUCAUUACCAUCACAAUCAAAUGAACAAGACAUUGCACUAGUCAAACCAUCAAUAUCAUCUCCAUCAACAACAAGUACAUCAACUAAUAAUAAAACAUUACCAUUUGAAGCUUCUACUAGUGUUACACAUACAUACAAUAAUUCAGAUACAGGUCUUUCUAUUCGACCAGCUUUUCGUGUUGUUAAUGAUAGUUUAAAUAGUCGGGGUAGUGAAACUAUUGAUUCAACAAGUAGUUAUGAAGAUUAUAAUACAACACCAUUAUGUACUGAAACUGAUUGUGAUGACAUCUAUCGAACAGCUCGAAAAGGUCGACAAGUUGGACGAGGAGCAUAUGGUAUUGUUUGGUCAUAUUUAACAAUGACUGGAAGAAUGAUUGCUGUUAAAGAAAUCGAACUUGAUGAAGGUGAUAGUGAACGUGUACGUAGUGAUUAUGAAUCAGUACGUGAAGAAAUUCAUAUACUUCGAGCACUUAAUCAUCCAUAUAUUGUCAAAUUUCUUGGCAUUUCAUUAGAAAAUACACGUUUAAUAAAAAUUUUUAUGGAGUAUCUUCCAAAUGGUACCAUCGAAAAUUUAUUAACAGCUUUUGGUCCAUUUCAUAAUGAUGUUUUAAAAAAAUAUACUCGACAAAUUGUUGAAGGUGUUGCUUAUCUUCAUGAUUAUGGUGUUGUUCAUCGAGAUAUAAAAGGAAAAAAUAUUAUGCUUGAUGUUGAUGGUAAUAUAAAAUUAAUUGAUUUUGGUUGUGCAAAACGAUUAAAGAAAAAUCAAAAUACACAUUCAAUGCGGCAAAUACUUAAGUCAAUGAAAGGUACAGCUAAUUGGAUGGCACCAGAAGUGAUAGCAGAGACUGGACAUGGAAAAAAAGCCGAUAUUUGGUCAAUAGGAUGUACCUUAUGUGAAAUGGCAACAGGAAAACCACCAUGGUCAUCAGAACAUAAUCAUUUAGCUGUUUUAUUAAUUAUUGCUAAUGGUACAAAACCACCGGCUGAUUUACCUGAUACUUGUCCAGUAACAGCUCGAGAAUUUUUUCGUUUAUGUUUAACACGUGAUCCAGCAGCGAGACCAUCGGCAAAAGAUCUAUUAACUCAUCCAUUUUUAGCUUCAUGA